AUGUUCAACGUCUUUUUACUUCCAUUUUUUUUUUUUACGCCUAAAAAAACUGUCGUUAUCAGGUUUCAGCAGGAUAAAUUUACAAGCCCAGUGAAGCAAAAUGAUGACAAUUUUUACAGGCAUGACAGAUCAUCAGAUAAGAAAUGGAAGUCCCUCAUUUCACACGCUCCUUUCUGUCACCAUCCUCACCAAUCGUCAACCCACCAAGAUAGAUCACACAAGUCGGACCCCGUCUCGAAAAAAGAACUCCAUCCUCACGAAACACACCAGCAGCAGCAUCAGCAGCAUCAGCUGCCACAACACCAACAACAGCAGCAGCAUUUAUCUUCCGCCAGAUUGUACACGGGCCAUAGUGACAAGCCAAAAAGUCUGAUUCCGAGCACCCUGCCGGCAUCAGCUAGCUUCAUUGCCCCGUAUAUAACUGGAACCACGCCCAGUGGCAAAAUCAUUGUCGACUCACCCUACUUUGGUUUGAGCCUUAGUGCCAAGAAGCCCUACAAGUGUGGCACGUGCCGUAAGGGGUUUGCGCAGCGGGGUCACUUGAUCAACCAUGAGCUGGGUGGCCGUAAGCACUUCUUCUGCACGUUUUGCAACAAGGCGUUUUCGCAGGAGAUCAUCUUGCGCAACCACAUACGGACACAUACAGGUGAGCGGCCAUUUCAUUGUGGCUACUGCAAUCGGACAUUUUGCCAGGUGACAGAGUGGAAGAACCACGAACGGACGCACACAGGUGAACGACCCUUUAAAUGUGCUCUCUGUCCGAAGGCGUUCUCCCAACAAGGCAACAUGAAGAUUCACAUGCGCACCCAUUCGGGGGUGAAGCCGUACAGGUGCGAGACCUGUGACAAGUGCUUUUCGCAGAAAAACAAUCUGCGCAAUCACAUUCGGACACACACAGGGGAGAAGCCCCACCGGUGUGCCGUUUGCCACAAGUCCUUCGCACAGGUCACGAACCUGAACAACCACGAGCGCACGCACACUCUUGAGGAACUUCGGCAGGUUUUCAUCCCGCACCAUGCACCAAACCCUCAACAGUUGCAGCCACAGCACCCCCCACCCGGACUUGUUCCGUCAUCAUCACCAUCCUCAUCGUCAGCCAUCUCAGUAUCCCUUCCUGCAUCCGUGGCAUCAUCUAUAUCCUCCCUGUCGUCUUCUGCUGCCCUACCCUCAACCGUGCGUCCCCAAGUGCUGAAGAUUCCGACCACCUGGAUGAUGUCCAUGACCACGGCAGCACCCGUCUCCUCAUCCAUGUCAUCAUCCUCCCUCCCAUCAUUGUCGAACUCGUCUCCCUACUUGCAACCACCACAUCCCCACCCACAGCAUCAAAUGCCCCCAGCAUCACACCUCCCUCCCUUACCCACAAUUCCAAUGCCCCCUAACUGGCAAAAUGGAUACACCAGUUGUUCAGCUCGCGGCCUGCCGACAUCUAUGCAGUCGCCUGUCCCUUCGUCUCCAAGAUGGAGCACUUCGGUGGGUAUGGUUGGUGCACAAAAUGCGUUCCCAGGUAUGCUUCUCAUCCCGGAUGAUAAAAAUGACACACAAGAUCUCCCUGAGAAUCUAACACGGCGCUGGCAAAUAAACUCUUGA